AUGGCGUCUGUCAUCUCCACACAGCUUUCGGGUCAACUUGGCAGCUUUAACGAAAGGGUCAACAUCCUUCACAACGAGCUGACCAUUGAGGCGAACGAGCGAAAAUCUGACAUGGCUGUCAUUAACAAAAGGUUGGAUGACAUGGAUAUUAAGCUUGGCAACCAAUCGAAGGCUCAGGGAUCAGGCUUUCGGGCGGUACCUCCCCCUCCUGAUCCAUGGGCAAGGACUCCGAAUCUGACUACGCCCCAGGGGACUUCAGGACCACAGCUUCCCUCCUCCUCAGUUGAUCCUUGGAGCAGGUUCAUGUCCCGACCGGGCUCAGGAGGCGAGUCUGGAAAGGGCAGUGAUGGUGGUUCAUCCAGUGCAGUUCAGGACACGGAUUUCAAUCGUAUCUUGGCUGGAGGUUGGGCCACGGACACACCACGAGCAGCAAUAGAAAGAGAUCUCUCUGAGGCGAUUGUUUUCUGGGAUCCACAGUAUAAGAGUCAGAUCACAAAGACUUUUGUGUUUGGGAAGCGCGCCAAGACGGCCAACAUCAUUUUAUCCUCUCUUCCCCAUGACCUCGCCAGAGAUCGCUUCUACGCCAUCCAGCGGUCCUAUAGUAACAAGAUCAAAACCAGUACUGGAGACCUGCUCUACUUCUCUCCCCACCGUUCUGCACCCCUUCGAGCAAAAAAUAGGAGCACAAGGAUGGCAAAGGACAUUGUGGAGAGAAUCAGUGGGCAAGGUUGUGACGAUCCAGCAUCUCCUCUUGAACUUGACUGGGGUCGUCAGCUUCUCUGGUGGGGAAAGGAGAGGGUUGCAGCAGGCACUGAGACCCAGCUCCUUGCCGGCCCUAGCGACCGAGUGAUGCCGAGACAACUUAUCGACGAGUACAAAGAGCAAUCUCAGUUCUUCUUCAAUGCUACACUGCUGGCCUCCAAGUGUGGAAGCUCGGUUGGAGACAUCGAGACCGCAAUUCGUGCC